UAUUUUUCCUUCACGGCGAUGUGAUCCUGGGUGGUGACAUCGAUCUUCAGUUACGUUCGGCCGUGGCUUGAUAGAAGAAACCGCCGAAUUCCCCGGCCGUAGACGUUAAUGUCGUCCGGUCAUCGAGCUUUCUCUCCCGUCGAACAGUUGCCCACAAGGUGUUUAAUCUUGAUGCUGUAGACUGGGUGGAGGUCGGGCUCUGGGUAAGAAGCAAUGGAAUCUCUGUUAGGGCUUCUUAGGGUUCGGAUUAUUCGAGGAGUCAACCUCGCCGUUCGAGAUACUACGGGCAGCGAUCCCUAUGUUGUUCUCCGGAUGGGCCGUCAGAAAUUAAAGACCAGUGUGAAGAAGAACAAUGUCAAUCCAGAAUGGAAUGAAGACUUGACUCUUUCUGUUUCAAAACAUCUUCAGCCAAUUAAGCUCGAAGUAUAUGAUAAGGACACAUUUAGCCGCGACGACAAAAUGGGUGAUGCGGAAUUUGAGGUUACAUCUUUCAUCGAAGCAGUAAAGAUGAGCUCGACCGAUUUCCCCAAUGGCACCACAAUCACAACGGUGAAGCCAUGCAGGCAAAACUGCCUAGCUGGUGAGAGCCCAAUUCUUUGGAGAGAUGGCAAAAUAGUUCAGGAAAUAGUGCUCAGGCUUAGAAAUGUGGAGGCUGGUGAAAUCGAAUUGGAGCUAACUUGGAUUGACAUUCCAGGCGCUCCAGGUUUCUAAAGAGGUCUGUGCUGCAAUUGACUCAUAUUUUGUUUGUACCAAAACAUACAUAGUUACUUAUUUAGCCAAGUGUAAAGGCAUAUGUAAGAGAAAUUGUCGUUGGAGUGAUCAGAUGUUAGUUGUUAUCUUGAUUGGUAUUAGUGAUAUUUAUUAAAGGGAUUUCUCUU